CCGUUCAGAGACAAGGAAGUGACCAAGGCAAUAAUGAUGCACUUAUUGGGAAAGGUUCAAACGAUUUAAGUGGUGAUUUCUUGGACGGCGCCGUCGUCGCCGUAAUUACCCUCGCAUCUUACGAGAAGGGAACAGGAAAAG